AUGCCGCCCUGUCUCACCUUCAUCUACUUGAAGAAGGCCUUCGACUCAGUUGAGACGGAAGCGGUCGUGGAAGCCUUGGAGAACCAAGGCGUCCCUACUCAGUACAUAAAGGUACUUCGAGAGUUGUACAGUAACUUCACGACCGGAAUUUCGCAAUUCUACAAGAAUAUCAUCAUUGACGUGGAGAGGGGAGUCCGACAGGGUGAUACAAUCUCACCCAAAAUAUUCACAGCCACCCUCGAGAACGCAAUGCGAAAGUUGGAAUGGGACGACAUGGGAGUGAAGGUCGACGGUCGGCAGGUACACCAUUUGCGCUUUGCUGAUGACAUCGUACUGAUAACACCUAGCAUCAGCCAAGCGGAACGAAUGCUGACCGAAUUCGACGAAACACGUGGGUGCAUCGAUCUUCAGCUGAAUCUCCAAAAGACGAUGUUUAUGCGCAACGGAUGGGUCUCGGAUGCCCCAUUCACGCUGAACGGAAUGAACAUAUCGGAAUGCACCAGCUACGUUUAUCUGGGUCGGGAAUUGAACAUGAUUAACGACCUGAUCCCCAAGCUGGGCACGAGGAGAUGA